CCUUUCUGCUUAAAAAGACAACCUCACACUUUUCAGCGUAUUAAUUACUAUAAAGACCAUGGUGCAAACUGAAUCAGACUUCAAGACCGAGUUCGCGGUUGAAAUGACCUGCGAGUCGUGUGUCAAAGACGUGAAGAAGGUCCUCGAGGGAGCGGAGGGUAUCAAAAAAUUCGACAUCGAUCUGAAGGAACAGCGCGUUGUUGUGGAAGGCAGUGCACCACCUUCAGCCAUUUCGCGUCUGCUGAAGAACACUGGCAAGACCGUUAUCGUGCGUGGAUCCGGAGUUGCGCAAGGCGAGCACGCUGGAGCAGCAGUGUGCAUUCUGGAUAUCGGUCAUGAAAACCCCGCGUAUACAACCCUACCCACAUCUGAGAAGCCCUACGGUCUUGUCCGCUUUCUUCAAGUGAGCCGAGAGACGUGUGUUGUUGACGUGACAGUCCAGAACUUGGCCCCGGGCAAACAUGGUAUUCACAUCCACGAGCUCGGUGAUACAUCUGGCGGCGCGACCACGACGGGUGGACACUAUAACCCGACGAACGUGGCGCAUGGUGACGACGAGACGGGCCAUGUGGGGGACCUAGGCAACAUUGAAGUCGAUGAGAAGGGAUGGGGCGAUCUGGUGCUGGAGUCGAAGAGGAUCAAGGUAUGGGAUAUCAUCGGACGGUCGAUGGUGGUGACGGAGAAGACGGAUGAUCUGGGUAAAGGGGUUAAGAAGACGGAAGAUGGUGGGUCGGGCAAGGGGAUUAUUUGUGGAAUUAUUGCGCGAUCUGCGGGAGUGUUUGAGAACGCGAAGAAGAUUUGCUUGUGCGAUGGCACGACGCUGUGGGAGGAGGCGCGUUUGAGAGGGGAGGAUAAGGGCAACGACUUUUACUGACAGACAAAGCAGCCGACCGCAAAGCUUUGACGGCUCUUAUUAGACAUGACCAUUCUCUUUGCAAAAAAAAAAAAAAAGAGGGAGAGAGAUAGCUUCUUUUCAAAGCGUUUGAAAGCAACCAAAUAAAAGGUCUCUCUUGCCAAGUUACAACUUCAACUCCCUUCCUGACUAUAAAAAAAUACGGAACAUUUGUUUCUCCUGCGGAC